UUAUUGUGCUUGAUCCAAAGAUAACAGUACCUCAUUACAUAUUAACUGGAUGGGAAAGGCUCUGGGGGCAAGGUCUCUUUGGGCAUUUUGGGAAUACCUAAAUCUUUGUUGUACCGGAAUGGCAGGUGAAUGAUGCCUCUGCAUCACAAAUGCAUUUGUGAAUUGCACUUAUAAGCCAGUUAAACUGCUCAAUUCGCCUCUAUUAUUUACUCAAUUUACUUAAUGCACAAACCAAUUUUUUUUUUCCUUUAUAGAAGGAAAGAAACUUUCUUUCCUUUGCAAUUUACCUACAUGGGAUAAUUUUCUGAUUUUUUUUUUUUUUUUUAAUGGAAAUCUACCUGUUGAGUUCUUGGUGAAGCUCUAUGUCUGCCGUGCUCUGCAGUACAGGACUUAUUUCAGAGAAAAACACUUCCAGUUCUCUGUAGUAGAAAAGAGAAUUAAAACUUAUCACAGAGUGUCUAACACUAUGCUUAUGAGUCUGAGUCAGCUAGAGAGGAAUUUUUAUUUCCUGAAUGUAAGCUGUCUAUAUUCACAUUAAAAUUUUCAGGAGGGUGAAGUACCAUACCUUAAGCAUGCAUCUGAAAUCUGACAAGCAGAGGCAAGGCAAUUGUCUUGCUGUUUAAUUAUUAGUUUUCUACUGGCAAUUUACAGGUUACUCCCAUUUGUUGUGUAGGACUGUGAAAUGGUAGCCCAAAUUUUAACUGAACUUAAACUCCUUGAUGAACUGUGGUUCUUUGAAUAUAUUUCAAAUAGCUGACUGUUAAAAUCUAAAUACAGUUUGUCUGCUGUUCAGUUGAUUUGUGUGUUGUACACCCAUAGGAUUAGUUUUAUUUGCAAGCACCCAUGAUCUGAUUGUUUAGUGAUCAUAGUCUUCUUUACCACAGAAUGGUCCAUUUCUGGUUGGCAAAAUGUGUAGAAAAAUAUCUCAAAGUUAAGAAUAUAAUUAAUUUAUACAAUAACUGUAAAGAAUGUAAUUCCUAUAAAUGGAAAUACCUUCUGAGGCCUGCAUCUGAGCAUGGUUUGGCCUGUGACUCAGGAAUACUGAACUGCACUGUGGAGGUUUGGUGCAUAGUAAAGAAGAUCUAAUUAUUUAUUAAGUGAAUAGAUUUAAACUAACCUUCUCAUGAGGCUGUUUCUGUUAAGUGUUGGCUACUCAGCAUUCAUCUAGCUGCAAAGACAGAAGUAUUUGAGGGAUAAGAACUAGAUAAACAGAAUUUUUAACAUUUUUUGAAAGUAUUUGGAGUUCCAGAAAGUAUAUUAACAGCACUUAGGUUUUUAAAGUCCAAUACUUGUAAGUCUGAAAUACUUAAAUAUGAAAAGAGGUGUCUCUAUCUCAGGUACUUAUGUUAAAUAGAAAGUCAGAGGAGAAAAAGGAAAUUACAUCACAUUGUCAAAUAAGGAACAGCUAGCUGGAGUGGAUGACUUGUAGUGCAAAAAUGUGCCCCUCCUCCUGUGAAUUGCUUCUGAGAUUUGUUAAAGAUAAUGUGGUGGCAAGGUGAGCAAAAAUAGGUUGUGGAUUUAAGGUAGACACAUUUCUUCCCCUCCCAAAAGGGGUAAGUAGGUCUUUUUUCCUCCCCCUCUUUCCCAUUUCUUACAAGAAGAAUGUAAGCUCCUUGUCAAGAGUGCUGCCUUUAUAAAACCUGUCAAAAGUUCAUACAGGCAUUCAGAAAUCUGUACAGCAAGUUGCUGUAUUCCAUGCCCAUUAAAUGAAACAUUCUAGAGCAUGUUUUGCUUUACUGUGCAUACCAGAAAGAUUUUCUUUGUUAUGAACUUAACUUGCCUCAGAUAUUCGGUUGCAUUGGGGCUGGGAGAACAGGGAACAGAGUAAUAAGAUUCUGUGUGUGAUUAGUGAUAGGUAAUAGGCUGAGCUAAGAUGUAUGCAAAUGCUUCUCAGUUUCUAAACAGAGGAUUACUGUUGUUAUAACACAAGUAUUUAUUAAUAUGUAGCUGCAUAAAAACUGUGUAUUUGGGAUUUUUGCCGCAAUUCAAUGUACAACAAAUAUCUUUCCAAAGUUCUCACUAUGUAGAUAUGCUGCUGUUUAUGGAUACAUUUGAUUAUUUUUGGCUUACACAUAACCAUCCUGUUGAAGUCUGAAGGUGUAUUUGGCUUUGUAAAAAAAUUUUUAAAAAUCAAUCUCCUCUCCAAUACUUACUAUUAUUGAUAUUUAUUAAUACAAGCAGAUCUGGAUGAUUACAAGUACCUUCUUUGCACUGUUACCUUGCCUUACAGGGAAGGGUGUCAGUAGCUUCCUAAUGCACCAGCAAAUCUUCUAAUUGCCUUGGCUUGUAAAUGCCCUGUAGAAAUUACCAGCCAUUCUUUUAGUUUGUACUCCAUUUCUUUCGAAUAACACAAACUAGAGAAGUGCUUCAGAAGUCUUCAGAAGUGCUUCAUGCCAUAAACUGUGCAUAAGUAGGUCACACAAGCAGGGUAACUGAAAGCCCAUUCUGUGCAAACCAGCAGCACACAAAUGUGAGCUCAAGAAUGCUUCAUUACUGCGUAGUGUCCAUUUUCUUUAGCAAAUACACUUUGAUGUUUCUUAUGGCUAAGUUUAAUUCCUUAAACUUUCAAGGAGGCAGAAUUGGGACAGCAGUUAACAGUGAAAACUGUUGAUGUUUAUAUCUUUGUGGCUGACUUUUGUAAAUUUUAUUUUUUUAAAAACCAAUUACUAGAAUAUAAUAUGUACCACUCAUCUUUAAUAAAAGCAUGCUGUCUAAAACAUAAACUUUGUAUUUUGUUGCUGUUCUCAUGUCUCCUUCUUAAGAUACUGUCUUCAAACAAACUUAUGUGUGUUUUAAAAUACAAGCACCAUUUCUCUAGACUUCACUGAAAAAGUAACUAGGUGGUUUAGUGAAAGCACUACCUCUCUUGAUAUCUUAGCUUAAGGCACAGAGGACAGUUUCAUAACUCUCUGAAAUGUCAAGGCAAAUCACCUGUGAAUUGGCAAAGAGGUCAUUGAUGAAUGAAACAAGUUUUAUGGCUACAUAAAUUGUGCUUUAUUUUUAAAAAAUAAAGACUGAUUGUAACAAGUGAAAAUUACCUUUUCCUAGAGUAUGUAAAUAUUUAAGUCUGUUUCAAAUGUUGAGCUUAGCAUUCCAGAGAGAUUUCAGAGAGGUGAUUGUGCAACUAUCAGUCUUGAGAGCUGAGAUUUAGACAGCAUUCAGAAAGCUGACACAGUAAUUACUAGUAGUGGUUUAGGCGUGGGAUUUGGUGGAGGUUGGGCUUCUUAACAAGCCCUGCAAGGGCUGUAUGUUAUCACAGCUAGCACGUUACAUGUGCUCAAACUACAGCAGUUGUUCCCCCUCCUCUCAUUUUUUAUAUCAUAAUCAAUGUCUCAUGGUCCUGUCAGAUCUUGUACACACACUGAGGUGGAGUACAAUCAUUUGCUGACUAAUCAGUGUUCUGUGCUGCUGCUUUUUUAACUCGUGACUUGCAUUUGAUUUCAGAAAUAUUGAAAUGGAUAGCAGGCAUUAGCCUUAAGCUCUCUUAAUUUUCUUUCUUUGGUAGAUUUGUUGCUAACAGGAUAGAAUCCGUGAGACAAAAAAAAUCACAGUUCCAUGGUGUGAGCUGAUAAUUUUGAAUGUGAGCUGUUUUAUUUUGAAAUUAUGUUGAUAUGAAGUAGCUUUAGAAUUGGUGCUGUAUGUGUACUGUGCUGUUAAGUCAUUUUGACAAAUGGGUAUCUCUAAUAUUCUGCUCCCUGAAGACAGUGGUUCUGCUUGCACUUACAGGACUAUGUUAUUGCUUCCUGGGGCUCUGUGUUUUUUUUAUUUAAUUUUUCUAUGAAAUAUCUGCAGUCCCUGUUACUGGGAAGGGUCCAACUGAACUGUAUUAUGCAAAAAUUUCCAGGGUUCAGCUAGCUUUUUAAGGAGGUUGUCUGAAGGGGAAGAACAUGGUCUUUACUAAAAUCAGGAGGGCUGAAUGAAGUAGGACUGUGCUGUAUUACAUAGAACACUGGUUUGGCCCUUGUUCACUUCUAUUAAAGUCUCCUGUCUAGAGUUAUUCUGAAAUGCCUGCCUAAAAUAUAUCGGGUAUCUGGCAGUGAGUGAAACAAUCCCACUUUUGUUGACACAGACAGUCAUGAUUGAGAAAACCAUCACACUCCUAACGAGAAUGGCAUUGUCUCACACAUCAAACAUACAUACAGUCAGAAGCUUCUGUUUUCUUAAGAUGAUCAACACUGGACCCAAUUCAAAAUUGAAAGAGCGCAGCAGAGUUGUUCUUUCUCAAACAAUUGUUUAUAAGUUGCUAAUAGUGAUGCUGGAUUGCAAACUAAUCCUCAGACACCUGGUUUGCAGUCCUGCUUAGGAGUCUGCCCAUCCCUCACUCUGCAGACAAGAAUAAUAGAUCUUUCCUCCUAAAGGAAAAGGAAGAUUGCACAUCUGCAUAGAAUGCCUGAUUUUGGGCAGAUUUACCAGAAGCAUAAGCUACUACCUGUGUCUGUACCACAUUUUCUUGCAGUAGCACACUGUGAAGGGGUUUUCUUGACAUGUCUGCUGAGCCCUGAUAUAGCCAGCUGUUGAUUGACUUUUCUUUAGAUGGGAUUCUUUUGGUGGAGGGAUAUGGACAAAUUCACAUUAAGAUUAUAUGCUCCUAGUAUUGAUUCUCAAAGGAGAUACAAAUUAAACUGUUUUGCGUGGGGUUUGGUUUGGCAGGUUUUUUGUCUGUUUUUUUUAAAUGGAUCAUAUUGCACUUGCUGAAUGUAGGAUAUUUGUGUAGAUGAAGCAGAGACCCAGAGAACAUCUUUUUUAUAAUCUUGGACUUAAUUUCUCCUGCCUUCAGAAUGCUGACUAAUUUUACAUUGCCCCUUUCCCUCCCUGAUGAAUUCCCUAAACAAGUCCUGUGAGUUAAUUUCUUCUGUAGACUGUGAUUACUUACUCAAUAUAAAGCAAUUGCCAACAUAUUUUUUCUGCCUUAAAUAGGCCAGAUAAAGCAUUCUUCACACAUUCAAAAUAGAUUUGAAUGCAGCAGGGCAGUUUCAGCUGAGAUUAUUUCAAACCACUAGGUUUCCAAUUUGUUAAAAAUAGCUAAAAGUCUUGAGGCUGUUUUAAAGUACCUUAAACUUUAAGUUAGUUAAAAAUAGUUACUGUUUUAUGUAAAAUAAGUUUUAGAAUUCUAAUUCAGGGGGUCAGUAAUUCUGUUUAUUGGUGCAAAGGCUAUGGAGGAUAAUACUUAACUGCAGACUAGGCUGUUACAUGUUGGCUACACUGGAAACUAAAAUCUUUAGCAGAAAGAUACAACUGAAGACAGCCACUGGAAGGUUAGACUGUUCUAGAAAACGUCUUUAAAAAGUUUUUUUUGUAUAAAUAACUAGUAGUUUAUGUUCAAGGACUGAAGUUGUGGGAUAUACAACUGCCAUAUAUCAAUAUCUUAACUUUUCAUUUUUUUUUAUGGAGUGUAGUUCUUCAAGAGAACUUACCUGUUUUGUACUUUAAUUCUGCAGUCAGAUUCAAAACAAGAAGUUUGGUGAAGUUUUCCAGUUGGCACAUUUUAGGAUAGGAGGCCUUUCUACAGAGCUGUUUAAUUCCUUGAACACCGAAAUUUCAGAUGAGACAUGGAACAUCAGAUUUGCAUUUCUGAUAUUUAUGCCCUCUCUCUUGAAGGGAAUGAAAACUGCAGGAAACCUGCCAAGUCCUGAAUAUCAAGGGUUGUGAGACAUCCUCAGAGAACACUGCAUGAUGUCAACUGCAGGAGUUGCUGCUCAGGAGAUGAGAGUCCCCUUAAAAACCGGAUUUCUUCACACCAGUCAAGGCAUGGGCAGUCUGAAAACCUGCUGGGGUACCCACAGUGGAUUUGAAAAUACUUUCUUUAAUGUGGACCCUAUAGCAGUGACAUAUAAUUUAAACCCAUCAACCGAGCAGCAUUUGCCAUCCAUUGGGCACUCUUCCAACCAGGCUUCCAUGAAUGACCACAUUGCUGGAAGUUGUAUCCAAGUCCCAACUCAGAAAUCCAGUCCACCUCCUGUAAGUCCCAAAAAUGAGCAGCCAAUUUCAAGGUACGAUGACCAUCUCGUUCCUGGCUUUAGUAAACUGUCAUUAACCAUGGGCUGUGUUUCUGAAGAAACACCUCCUCACAUGCCAAUAAGAAACGGACCAAUUCAAUUUCUGUCUGCAUCUUCGAAUGAUCGCAGCUGCAGGCCACUGCCCCCUCUGCCUAUAUCUGAAGACUUUACUGCAGAUGAGGUUGACAAAGAGGUGGAAUUCCUGACUUCUUCAGAUACUGACUUUUUGUUAGAAGAUUAUGAACUUCCUCCUUUUAAAUCCAGUGCUCCAAGCCGUCGGAGCUUUAGGGGCUGUGGACAAAUCAACUAUGCGUAUUUCGAUACUCCAACAGGACCAAAACCAGAAGAUGCCAACCCUACACAAAGCCUAAAUGUGUACAUAUCCAGUAUUUAUCCUCCUCCACAGCAGCUGCAUCGACGCCUGCGAAGGUCCCAUUCCGGGCCAGCUGGAUCUCUCAAUAAACCCAUAGUAAGACUAACUGGACACUUAAACAGGUCGUCUCCAACUUCUGAUGAAGAUAAACCAGAGAUUCCACCAAGGGUUCCCAUACCCCCAAGGGCUCUCAAGCCAGACUACAGAAGGUGGUCAGCAGAAGUCGCUUCCAGUGCUUACAGUGAUGAAGACAGGCCUCCCAAAGUGCCCCCCCGGGAACCUUUGUCACGCAGCAAUUCCCGCACCCCCAGUCCCAAAAGCCUUCCAUCAUACCUCAAUGGGGUUAUGCCCCCCACCCAGAGCUUUGCACCUGAUCCCAAGUAUGUCAGCAGCAAAGCUCUACAAAGACAAAAUAGUGAAGGAUCUUCCAACAGGGUCCCUUGCAUUCUUCCAAUUAUUGAAAAUGGUAAGAAGGCCAGUUCAACGCACUACUAUCUGCUACCAGAGAGACCUCCAUAUUUGGACAAGUAUGAGAAAUUCUUCAGAGAAGCAGAGGAGAGGAGCUCUAACACUGAGGUUCAGUCCUGGUCUGGUGACUGCACAGCCACCUCAGCACCAAUAAAACUGGACUCAAAAGCCAGAAUGGAUAUAGGUGGUCCCCUGAAACGAAAACACCUGUCCUACGUGGUUUCCCCAUAGUGUCUGGGAGCAGUCUCAGCUCAGUUGUUUGGGAUGGAGCUGAACUUUAUCAUGUUACAAAGUUCUUACGGUUCACAGAUAAUGAAGUAGGAGCAGUUUGUCCUCUAAGAACUGAAAAGUGGAUGGUAAAGUCCUCUUAUGCUGCAUAUAUUCGAUAUGUUUCUUAAGACUUUUUUUGUCUUGGUAUGUAAGCUGAAACCCUACAAAGAUUCUGCAGAAACAUGGAGUGAUAGUAGUCACAGUUGGCCAGUUGUAUGCUACCUAGAUGAACAUGUUUGGUAGUCAAGAUUAUGAAAAAAAAAAUUAAAAAAUCAAUCUUUGCUUAAGAGUCACUUAUAAAGCAGACAACAGACCAAGUAAUGCAGUACAGUUUUUGUACCAGUUAUUUUUCAAAAUUUCUUUUACACAGUAAUUCUACUGAGAACAGACUGUCCUCUUUUACUAGGAUAUGUCUGGUAAGAAAGUAAAUGCGAGAUCUGAUACCCACUUCAAGACUUGGCAAGCAUCUUGAAAGUGCAUUUUGAAAGAUUAAUCUAUCUUACAAAUUAAUUUGAUGCUAAUAGACUUUUAAAGUGAGUUAGGUUUUGUGAAUUCAGUUGCUAGACACACUUGGUUCAAUUUUGCAGUUUUUCCUAGAAGAGACUUGGACCAGCUAUUGCUAAGCCUCUGCUGCUGCUCUUUUCCUGCUGGAUCCUAGGAAUGUGUGAAUGUGUCCUGAGCAGCCACAGGGUUGCUAUUAGGUAGGCAGUAACAACUAUGUGCUCACAUAGAGUCUGAAAUUAUGACUGUAUUAAAUACAGAAACACAGCACAAGCUGGUCUUGUGGUCUGGUUUCUGUUCAGUAUUUUAGGGGAGGAGGAGGAGAGUAUGAGGAAAAAAACAUGAUUCCAUUCAUGGACAGUGUCAGUCCCAUCUCUUGCUGCUUCAGAUGCUGCUUCUUGCUGUUUAAUUUUUCCUCACUGUGCCUCAGCCAUUCACUGAAGUUCACUGAGGUGCCACCUUAGCAGAUUCUUGUGCUCAGUUUGGUUACACUUAUCCUCUUACAGAUAAGCACAAGAGAAAGGGUGCUCAUUAACAGGGGUACAGAAGAUGAAUGUGUUCCUCCUAACAGAAGUAAACAAGGUGUUUACAGUUUAAACUGCUGAAUGAGAUGUUUGAGCUAUUUUAAAGCUUACUUUUUAUUUGUUUUAGUACAAACUAAAUGAAGGUGAAAUACAUGCUAUAGAAAUGCACUGAUAUUUCUGCAUUGUGUACAGUAUUGAAUAAAAAAUAAUUCACUUUGUAUUUUGAAUAUUGUCAUGUCUUGAGUUUAAUAAAGUUAUAAAAUACUUAUUUAUGAUA